GAUCACAUGGCUACCCAGCACACCGAUCAAAUUUUUCCUUACUAGAAGCAUCACUGUAGCCCUUGCGACAGGCUGGCUACACCACGACGAGCACGCGACGAAUCCACACCGAUAUCGUCUCGUCAUUUCAAUUUCAUCAGCACGCUACCACUAAUGUGCCACCGCACUCUCGGCGGCCUUCGAAUGUUUUUCUUUUGUUCAUCACACGGCACAGCUUGCAUCAUGCACAGCACAUGGGUUACGGAUUUUUUAAACAUGCAUGGAGGUUCACUUCACUCUACUGCAUAUGGGAUACGGGCAUUGGGGCAUUCGGGCAUUGGACGAAAUCAGGCAUUGACAGGGCUCAAAGCAUUGAAAGUAAUUCUUUGCAUGCACUCAUGUAACUAGGCACAGGUACAUAGAAUAAAUAGCAAUGACAUCAAAAAAAAAA